GGAUUUCAGAGCAUGAGAAGUCACCCAAAAAUAUAUAAUCUGGCAUUGAAUAUUUAAGGUUACUCCUAUGGCUCCUCCCCCCCCCCAAAUGAAGCAACUCUGGGUGCUCAACACACGUGUCUCCUGCUCUGCAGAGGGGGGGCUGAGUGUGCCUGGCUUUGCCAGGGUUAAAAGGAGCUGAGCUGGAUUCCUAGAGAGGAAAGGCAAUGCAGGGGAGGGGGAGGGGAGCCCGCUGUCUUUCUGCUUUGCACCUCCUGCAACCUGGUGAGUCUCCCUUGUCUUCCGCCAUGGGGUGCAUUGGGGAGAAGCGGGGGGGGGGAUGCCUCAGGGGGUCCUGUUCAGCUCAUGCAGGCGGGGAGCCCCCAACCAGCCCCAUCCUCACCCCAAGGCACAACCACCCAACUGGCCCUGCAAAGGAACUGACAGGCAAUGCAGCUGCUUUAAAACAGGAAUUGAUGGUGUUCUCAAAGGCUGCUGUGGGGAUUAAAGGACAGCAGGGAGACCCCUGGAUGCCCCCUUGAGCCCCUGGGAGAGAAGGGUGGGUGGAAAUGCAAUGAAUGAAGAGAGGGAGCCCAGCCCAUCAUCUGGCUGUGGGAUUUUGGAGCUGAUUCUGAUUCAUCGUCAAGGUCAGCUCCACAUACGUAGCGGGCAUUGCAAUAAUCCUGGAGCAAGGGGUGCCCUGUCCACGUCCUCUCUGUCCCAAAGGGACUGGGGCUAGCAGCCUAGCCCAGCUGGAAAUGGGGCGGUAGAGAAGGGGCAGCAUCUGCGGUGGGGAAAUGACGGGCUCCCUCUGGCUAGUUCCUCCACCUUUGUUCUCACAUGUGGUUCCUAAAAGCUGUCAGCAUUUGACAGUGGCCACACCCCGAAAAUGGCUUUCUCUAGCCAUCUACACCAGGUGUUCAUAGCCCUCAGUGAGUUCGGGACUUCUGUUGCCUCUGGUGGAUUGAGUGAAUGAGACCCAACCGUGGCUUCAACAGUUAAGAAGGCAAUUUCUUCAGGUACUGUAGAGGGAGAUGAGCAGCAGAUUGGGCUCAUCCACCUGGCAAGGUAGCCUGUCAAAGGAAAACUCUGAUCCCAAACCUCUGUUGCCUUGAGGGACAUUUUCAGGAGAAUAAAAGGCUAAGGAGUAAACCCUACAAAAAUCUGGAGUGGAUCUGGCCCUCAGAACAAAGAAAAAGGGACCCCACCCCUGUAAUCUGCCUUGAGAACAUUGGAGCUUCCAAGUGCUAGAAAACGGGACAGAAGCAGGAAAGUAAUGUGUCCUGACGGAGGGGUGGGAAGCAGAGCAAGCCCUGAGCAUCCAUAUUAAACUUGGUACAAAUGACUCACUUAUAUUCCCUGUUCUGAGUUCAUUCCUUGACUGAAAGGCAGGGUCAACCAGGCUGAUUCAUGUCACAGAAACCCCUUCAGUUGCCUCCACUUUUGGCCUGGUCAAGAGGCUUGCUUCUCCUUUUUCUUUCUUAGAGAAAGCUCUGUGGUCCAGUUUAAUCCUGGUUCCUACCAAGACUCAUAUACGUUUACUCAGGAAACCUUUUUCUUCUCCUGAUAGUGUGUCAGAUUUAUGGGGGGGGGGGCAGCGGAAUGCAUUUGCUUUAGGAUUUCCUAGUACCUCUUUUCAGACACACAGAAGAUGGCAGCAGAAGAAAAAAAGAUCCCUUCCAAUCUCUUGGAGGCUUCCUGAGAGCACAGAUGGAUGAGCAAGGCUCAGCUGACCCUGAAGCAGGAAGAGGCCAGGCCAUGGAAACGGGGAGCAGUGCAGGAUUCUGGGAAGGCUCUGUGCAGAAGAUCCUGGGAGAGGAGGACACCCUUCGCUCAGAGGUGCAGAGCCAGCAGUUGAGGCAGUUCUGCUCCCAGGAGGCCAAAGGACCCCGAGAGGUUUGCAGCCGACUCCACCACCUUUGCCACCAGUGGCUGAAGCCAGAAAGGCACACGAAAGCUGAGAUGCUGGACCUGGUGAUCUUGGAGCAGUUCCUGGCUGUCCUUCCAGCGGAGAUGGAGAGCUGGGUGAGGGAAUGCGGAGCAGAGACCAGUUCCCAGGCAGUGGCCCUGGCCGAAGGUUUCCUCCUGAGUCAGGCGGAGGAGAGGAAGCAGGCGGAGAAGCAGGUGAGACAGACUUUCCUCUGGAUGCUCCCAAGGGGCUCCAAACAGGAGGGAGAACAUCCCCAAAUGCUCUACUAAUGGCCCCUCUUUUUUGGAAAGCAUCCAGAUAAUAAUAUGGGCUACUUCUAAAGUUUUUGCCUCUGUCAUUCCUUUUCUAUGACUCUAACACUUCUCCCCAUUCUCUGUUUGGAAUCAUUUUUGUUCUUUAAGGGAAAAAAUCUGCUUGCAGGAAUGGGCCCAGAUUACCCUGAGGAAGAAAGGACUCCACUCAGCGCAAGAGAGAGGCCAUUGGGUAAGGAGGAAGGAGUCCUUUGGUCCCAUUGUGUUGGUUUUCAAAUUAAUCCAUGGUUUCUUUUUAUCUUUUGUGGAAGAUAUUUGGGACCAAGAGCCCCAAGGAGGGGAGACGUACUUUUCCAUUAUUAAAAUACGCAUUAGCUACAAAUGACAAAAUGUACUCGGCUCGUGAGGUAAUGGCCUGGAUGAGAGCCAACAAACUGAAGCUCAGUCCACAUAAGACUAAGGCACUGUUAGUGGGGGGUUCCUCAGACUGGCUUAGGGUUGCCUGCUCUUUACGGGUAACAUUCCUCUGAAGAAGCAGGUAUGUAGUUUGGGAAUACUUCUGGAUCCGCUUCCGUCCCUUGAGACUCAGGUGGCCUCUGUCUUUUGGAGCAUCAGCUUCGGCUGGUGGCCUGGCUGUGCCUCUAUCUGGACAGGGACAGAUAACUUAUUUUGUCUAACUCUAGUUUAGAUUACUGCAACACAUUCUACCUAGGGCUGCCUCUGAAGUCGGUUUGGAAGCUUCAGCUGUGCAGCAUUCGGCACCCGGCUCACUCACUGGGACAAGACUGAUUGGGCAUAAGAACUGAUCCUGGCCUGACGGCACUAACUCCACAUUAGCUUAUGGGCCCAAUCCAAAGUGCUGGUGCUGACCUAAAAUAAUAAUAAUAAAUAAUAAUAAAUUAUUUGUAUCCCGCCCAUCUGGCUGGGCUUCCCCAGCCACUCUGGGCGGCUUCCACAGAGACCAAAAAUACGCUAAAAUGUCACACAUUAAAAAUUCCCUGAACAGGGCUGCCUUAAGAUGUCUUCUGAAUGUCAGGUAGUUGUUUAUCUCUUUGACAUCUGAAGGGAGGGCGUUCUACAGGGCGGGCGCCACUACCAAGAAGGGCUUUAAAGGUCAACACCAACACUUUGACUUGUGCUCGGAAUCGUACUGGGAGCCAAUGUAGGACUUUCCAGACCAGUGUUAUGUGGUCUCGGCGGCCGCCCCCCGUCACCAGUCUAGCUGCCGCAUUCUGGGUUAGUUGUAGUUUCUGUGUCACCUUCAAAGGUAGCCCCAUGUAGAGCGCAUUGCAGUAGUCCAAGCGGGAGAUAACUAGAACAUGCACCACUCUGGCGAGACAGUCCGCAGGCAGAUAGGGUCUCAGCCUGCGUACCAGGUGAAGUUGGUAGACAGCUGCCCUGGAUACAGAAUUGACCUGCGCCUCCAUGGACAGCUGUGAGUCCAAAAUGACUCCCAGGCUGCGCACCUGGUCCUUCAGGGGCACAGUUACCCCAUUCAGGACCAGGGAGUCCUCUACACCAGCCCGCCCCCUGUCCCCCAAAAACAGUACUUCUGUCUUGUCAGGAUUCAACCUCAAUCCAUUAGCCGCCAUCCAUCCUCCAACCGCCUCCAGGCACUCACACAGGACCUUCACCACCUUCACUGGUUCUGAUUUAAAGGAGAGGUAGAGCUGGGUGUCAUCUGCGUACUGAUGAACACCCAGCCCAAACCCCCUGAUGAUCUCUCCCAGUGGCUUCAUAUAGAUAUUAAAAAGCAUGGGGGAGAGGACGGAACCCUGAGGCACCCCACAAGUGAGAGCCCAGGGGUCAGAACACUCAUCCCCCACCACCACUUUCUGGACACGGCCCAGGAGAAAGGAGCGGAACCACUGUAUGACAGUGCCCCCAGCUCCCAGCCCCUCAAGACGGUCCAGAAGGAUGUUAUGGUCGAUUGUAUCAAAGGCCGCUGAGAGAUCCAGCAGAACUAGGAAACAGCUCUCACCUUUGUCCCUAGCCCGCCAAAGAUCAUCAGCCAGAGCGACCAAGGCAGUUUCAGUCCCAUGAUGAGGCCUGAAACAUUAAAUGGCUCUUGACUUCAAUAUUUCAAGGACCACUUUUCCCCAUAUAAGCCACCCCAGACCUGAGAUCAUCAUCUGAGCCGUUCUUCAUGUGCUCCCGCCAUGUGAGGUCUGGAGCGUGGCAACACGAGAACAGACCUUUUCUGUACUUUUCUGUUCCCCAUUUUAUGGAAUGCACUUCCCAGGGAGGUUUCCCUGGUACCUUCAUGAUACAUAUUUAGGCAUUAGGCGAAAACGUUCCUAUUCAACCAGGCCUUGGGCUGAUUAAUAUUCUAUGUAGAGCCUUUUAAUUUGUGACUGCAGGAAGAGGGGGUAUUGCUUCACUGUUGGUUUUACAGUGGUACCUCAGGUUACAGACGUUACAGGUUACAGACUCCGCUAACCCAGAAAUAGUACCUCGGGUUAAGAACUUUGCUUCAGGAUGAGAACGGAAAUCAUGUGGCAGCAGCAGGAGGCCCCAUUAGCUGGCGUGGUACCUCAGGUUAAGAACAGUUUCAGGUUAAGAAUGGACCUCCAGAAGGAAUUCAGUUCUUAACCUGAGGUACCACAGUAAUUAUUUAUUGUAUUUUUAUCUUGUAUUUUAUUCUGUGAACUGCCCUGAGACCUUAUGAUGAAGGGCGGAAUAUAAAUUUAAUAAAUAAAUAAUAAUAAGUCUGGUGCUAGAGAAGCAGUGCUUCACCUCUGAGAGAAACACCAGGCACUCCUGUCUCCCCACUUACCUUUGUCUCUUGCAGGUGACAGAAUGAUGCCGUCAAAACUUCCCAAUCCAUCUUUUCUUGGUGGUGGAGGGGAAACAGCGACUGUGGAACCAGAUCAGGUAGGGGGAAGGAGCCUUGGGGGGAAAGAGGCGGAGGAGUGGGGCAGCCAGGGCAUCUCUGGGCACAAAUGAAUCCCUUCCUCUUUGCUUCCGUCAAAUCUGCCCUUAAGGAAGGCUGAAAAUGCCAUUCCAUCAUGUUUAUCUGCUGAGAGUAAUGAACAGCCACCUCACCUUAACUCUCCUCCUGAAUGUCGCUAGCUUUAUUUAUCAGUUGUUGCAGUUCUAGUUCUAUGGUUAUUGGUCAAUGCUAAAAUAGGCUUUAAAUCAGCUAAGAAACUUUAGUGGUGAGAAUUCGCCUGCCAAGCCCCUCCAGUUGAGGGCUCCCCCCUCUUCUCCAUCUCCCCAAGCCCCCGUGCAACAGAACAAUGUGUGCUAGAUAAUCUUUAUGCUUUCUGAAAGGGAGACCUUUUCUUUCAGAGUCUAGUGUGCUUUGAGGAUAUAGCUGUGUAUUUCACGGAGGAGGAGUGGGCGUUGCUGGAUCCUGACCAGAGAGCUCUGCAUCAGGAAGUCAUGGAGGAGAAUCGUGCGAUCAUGGCCUCUCUCGGUAAGGCUCCCUGUUGGAUCAUAAUAUCUGUUUGAAAUUCUUUACAUUACCGUAUUUUUUGCCCUAUAGGGCGCACUGGCCCAUAGGGCGCACCUAGUUUUCAGGGGAGGAAAUCAAGGAAAAAAUAUGACACACACACACACACACCCCCGCAGCUCUGGGAGCAGCAGACAGGCUGCACGCAGCCUGUGCGCUACUCCAAGACCUUCUCCCUGCUUUUGCGGGAGGUGGUGGAAUUCUCCCUCCUCCCGCAAAAGCCCACAGGAGCCACGCACGACUCCUGCGGGCUUUUCGACCAGGAGGGAGAAGGGACUGAAACGGCCAGUCAGUCCCUUCUCCCUCCUCGGGGAAAAGCCCCCAAGAGCGGCGCGCUCUUUAAAGGCUGCGCGGCUCCUGCAGGCUUUUCGACCCAGCUUGUGGAGCUGGCGGUGGGGGGAAGCGCUGCUUUCCCCCACUGCCAGCCUCCAAACCAGGUCGUAGAGUAGCGCAAAGCGUUGCGCGCCUUCCCGCUGCCCCCCGAUCCUCUGGGGCUGGCGAUGGGGGGAAGCGCUGCUUUCCCCCCCCCCCAGCCUCCAAGAGCAGACUCUCCUGGCUUCAGCAAAAGCAACGCGACUCCGGAGCGCAGGCUUCGGAGGCUUCGCGUUGCUAUGGCUGAAGCCAGGGAGCCUGCAUUUGCCCCAUAGGACGCACACACAUUUCCCCUUCAUGUUUGGAGGGGAAAAGUGCAUCCUAUAGGGCGAAAAAUACGGUAAUCUGUGUGCCGAAUCUCCCAGAUUCUGAUGGAGCUUAACAGCGCCACCUACAGCAUCUGGGAUUCUAACACCCCCACAGCUCACAUUGAAUCAGGUGCUCUGCCUUGCGCCUGCGAUUGCACAUAGCGGGGCGUGCUGAUGUAUCAUAUGGGGCCACUGCAGAAGUUUGGAGGGGCCCAGACCCUUCAUUGAAAAUUGGGGGAAGCCUUGACCACCAUGGCCCCACAUAGAUGGCACACCUGCCUUGAAUGGAGGGCUAUCUACUGUUUUGUCUGCAGACAUUUUUCUCUGGUUAUAGCUUUUUAAACUAUGAUCAGGCUGUCAGCAUUUUUCCUCUUGAUUCUAUUGCAAUUUCAUUGACCAGAAAUAUGACUGACAUUUGAGGUGGAGCGGAUUCUGUGAUUGGGCCAAACAAAAUCACAGGUUCUCAUAAAUAUGUUUGUGAGCACUAGUCAACAAAGGCAGUGUACACUGUAGGAAGACUUCACACUUAAUUCCCUUCCAUUCUUCCACUAUCAAUGUUACUAUCAGUAUUAAUUAGAAUUGUUCAAUCAUUUGGGUCUCCCAUUUCUUCCUGAGGCUCUAAUCCAAUUCUCUCUCCAUUGUAGGUGAUGAAUUUGAAAUGAAGAACAUGGGAGACCAUGACAAUAUCCACAUACUGGAGAAGUCAUACAGAUAUUCAGAGUCCAGAGAGAACCUGACCCAGAGCUCCCAUUCCACUUUCCAUCAAAGGAAUUCCAUUGGGAAGAAAGCAUAUCAGUGCUUGAAAUGUGGAAUAAGUUUCAGUAAGAAGGCUCAUUUCACUUACCAUCAAAUAAUUCAUACAGUCAAAAAACCCUAUCAGUGCUUGAAAUGUGGAAAGUGCUUCAGUCAUAGCUCCGAUCUCACUUCCCAUCAAAGAAUUCAUACAGGGGAGAAACCCUAUCAGUGCAUGGAAUGCGGAAAGAGCUUCAGUCGGAAAGAUCAUCUCACUUCCCAUCAAAGAAUUCAUAAAAGGGAGAAACAACACCAUUGCUGGGAAUGCGGAAAGAGCUUCAGUCAUAGCUCCGAUCUCACUUCCCAUCAAAGAAUUCACAAAGGCGAGAAACCCUAUCAGUGCUUGGAAUGCGGAAAGAGUUUCAAUCGGAAAGAUUAUUUCACUUCCCAUCAAAGAAUUCACACAGGCGAGAAACCCUAUCAGUGCUUGGAAUGUGGAAAGAGCUUCAUUCACAGGGCAAGUCUCACUCACCAUCAAAAAACUCAUAGUGGGAGAAGCUAUAUCAGUGCUUGGAAUGUGGAAAGAGCUUCAUUCACAGGACAAGUCUCACUCCCCAUCAAAGAAUUCAUACAGGGGAGAAGCCAUAUCAGUGUUUGGAAUGUGGAAAGAGUUUCAGCUACAGAGUCAGUCUCACUUCACAUCAAAGAACUCAUAGUGGGGAGAAACCAUAUAAUUGCUUGGUGUGCGGCAAGACCUUCCGUGACAGCUGCCAUCUCACGUCCCAUCAUAGAAUUCAUACAGGGGAGAAACCAUAUCAGUGCUUGGAAUGUGGAAAGAGCUUCAGGCAGAGGUCCAGUCUCACUUGCCAUCAAAGAACUCAUAGUGGGGAGAAACCAUAUCAGUGCUUGA